ACAAAAUAUUUUACAGAAACCUUCAGAUUUUUGGAGAAUCUGUUAUCGCCGACUUAUCGUUUGUCCGAGUCCCCACCCCCCUUGGACAUAUCUUGGAUUUACGAAGUAUGCUGUCAGGCUAUCCUGUUUGUAAGCAAUAUCCAUGAUGCUAGAUCCGCGAUGCUGAACAAUCAAACUAGUAAGUUUUAUAUACGCCAUUGCGCAAUACCGAAAUGCAAUGGGGGAGUAUAAAGGUAUAUGGACCCUUCGUCCUUCUCACUCCAUUCCAUCAUCCCACUCCAUUCAAACAAACAAGUAAUCAAACAGCAACAGCAUAUUCACAUACCUACUCACCUCUCGAGAAUACCCAAUAAACAUGUCUUCAUCAACACUCUUCACUCCUCUCAAGGUUGGAACUGCCAAGCUUCAACAUCGAAUUGCCAUGGCACCCCUCACUCGAUUCCGUGCCGACGAGAACUUAGUACCUCUUCCAAUGGUUUCCGAAUAUUACACCCAACGUGCUUCUGUUCCCGGCACACAUCUCAUCACCGAAGCUACCUUUAUUGCUCCUCCAGCCGGUGGCUAUUCUAAUGUCCCUGGUAUCUUCAACAAAGAUCAAAUUACCGCAUGGAAAAAAGUUACCGAUUCCGUACACGCGAAGAAAUCAUACAUCUGGAUGCAAUUGUGGGCAUUGGGAAGAGCUGCAGAUCCUACAGAAUUGGCGAAAUCUGGUUAUAAAGUCAAAUCUGCAAGCGAUAUUGCAUUCGAGGGAGGAGCCAAGCCAGAAGCCUUGACCGAGGCUGAAAUCAAGGAAUAUAUUGGAUUUUAUGCACAAGCCGCGAAGAAUGCAAUUGAAGCUGGAUUCGACGGUGUUGAAAUUCACGGCGCAAAUGGUUAUUUGGUCGAUCAAUUUCUCCAAGAUACUUCCAACCAACGUACAGAUUCUUGGGGAGGAAGUAUUGAAAACCGGGCACGUUUCGGACUUGAAGUUGCCAAGGCUGUGGUUGAAGCUGUUGGUGCUGACAAGACUGCUAUUAGAUUGAGUCCAUUUUCUGAAUUCCAAGGAAUGAAAAUGGCGGAUCCUGUUCCACAAUUUAGCUAUUUCGUCCAAGAGCUCAAGAAAUUGAACAUUGCAUACCUACACGUUGUCGAGUCUAGAAUCGAUGGAAACGUAGACAGUGGAGCAACGGAGGAGAACGUCAAAUUUAUUGUUGAUAUUUGGGAUGGUACUAGCCCAGUCUUUAUCGCUGGAGGAUUCUCGGCCGAAUCUGCAAAGAAAACUGUUGAUGAAGAAUACAAAGGAAAAGAUAUUGUGAUUGUAUUUGGAAGAUACUUUAUCGCCAAUCCAGACCUUCCUUUCAGAGUCAAGGAGGGAAUUGAGUUUAGACCAUAUGAUAGAAAUCUCUUCUACAACAAGACGCAGGCAGAGGGGUAUACUACUUAUACAUUCAGCAAGGAGUUUGAGGCGCAACAAAAGGCUAUUGAGGCUUCAGCAUGAGAUGGAUAUACUUAUAUUAAGAGAUGGAUAGAUAGGUAGAUGAAUAGAUGGAUAGAUGGGGAAUGGUUGGAUAGAUUGAUAGAUAGGUAGAUGAAUAGACUGUAUGUAGUAAUAAAUAAAUAAACGGUUUUUCUCGUCUCUUUAUAA